GUUCAACCUGCUGCUCAAGGAAAAUGGAGGAGAAGUAUCAGGCAACGGCCCGUUUGACCAUGGAGCAGCUGCUCCAGUCUGCCAGCCUGGAGCUGAAGUUCCUCAUCAUUCAAAACGCUGCCGUCUUCCAAGGUUUUGCAAGUUGGCAUUUAAGUGUCAAGGCAUAAAGAGACAGAUGAUAAACUACUGCCACAGAGUAGAAGCUUCUUGCUGAUCAGAAUCCAGGAUUGGGAAAGGUACAUCCAUCUUUAAGCAAAGGCCCAUAUGAACCAAGUCCUAUGCCAUAGACUGACAGAACUUCAAUGGGAUCUGCACAUAAGGACCGACUUUUACACCCACACAGAUACUCACUGGGGUCCACGGAAGUCAGCCUGGGAAGAGAGUGUCCAGCCUCUGGGACCUUACCGCAGUAUCAGAGCCCUAGCGAAACGGGCGGACUGUCUCAGACAGCUGAAGCCUUCGAAAUUGUAGCACGGCAUGCAAGAAACUACACCAACACCAUGUUUAGGAACCACUUCCAGAACAUGGGGUCCAGAGCUCUUAAGUUUGUCGGAGAACUUUUUACAGAUAUCUCGCUUUACAUACUGGGCUCUGACAUCAAUGUGAAUGACAUGGUCAAUGAAUUUUUUGACAGCUUGUUCCCUUUAGUCUACUCACACUUGAUAAACCCAGGCUUCCCUGACCUCUCCGGAGAAAUGAUAGAAUGCCUGCGGGUAGCAAGGCGGGACCUCAGGGUGUUUGGUAACUACCCCAAGAUUAUGAUGACCCAGGUGUCAAAGUCAUUGCAGGCCACGCGAGCCUUUCUACAAGCGCUCAACCUGGGGAUCGAAGUCAUAAAUACUACCGACCACUUAAAAUUCAGCAAGGAAUGUGGACGUGCACUGCUGAGGAUGUGGUACUGUUCUCAUUGCCAAGGGCUACUGAUGGCGAAGCCUUGUGCCGGAUACUGCAGUGUUGUCAUGCAAGGGUGCCUGGCCAACGUUGUGGAGAUAGAUAACUACUGGAGAGAAUAUAUUCGGUCCCUGGAAGGGCUGACCAAAGGCAUGUAUGGAAUCUAUGACAUGGAGCAUGUCCUACUCAGUCUCUUCUUGUUGAUACGAGACUCAGUCAUGUAUGUUCAGAAGAAUGGAGGGAAGCUGUCUGCAACAAUUAGCAAAUUCUGUGGCCAUUCUCAACAGAGACAGUAUAGAUCAGCUCAUGACCCCGAAGACCUUUUCAUUGACAAGAAAGUACGGAAGGUGGCUCACACAGAACACGAGGAAACCCUGUCCAGUCGGAGAAGGGAGCUCAUUAUGAAACUAAAAUCUCACAGCAGUUUUUAUAGCAGCUUGCCGGAGUACAUCUGCAGCCACGGCUCUGCUGUUCAGAAUGACACCCUUUGCUGGAAUGGACAAGAAAUUGUGGAGAGGUACAGUCACCAGGCGGCGAGGAGCGGGGGGAAAGCUCAAGCAGGCACCCACGAGAUGAAAACGAAGGGUCCCGAGCCAGUGAUCAGCCAGCUCAUCGACAAACUGAAACACAUCAACCAGCUGUUGAAAGGAAUGUCAAUAUCCCGGCGAAAAGCUCCAGACAAAACCACGGAUGAGGAUGAGUCAGAAAGCGGAGACUGUGAUGAUGAAGACGACUGCAGCGGCGGCUCCGGAAAUGGGGAACUAAGGGUUAAGAAUCAGCUCCGGUUCUUAGCAGAGCUGGCUUAUGAUUUGGAUAUGGAUGACGGUCCCUCAAACAAACAACUUUUGAAUCAGCAAAGCAAAGGUGAUACCGCGGUUCACAACCUGGGCUCAGGAAAUACCACAUGGAAGCAUGUUCCUGUCACUGCUGUUUUCAUGACAGUCUUUCUUCUGUGGGCCCAUUGACUCUGUACAGUAGCCACAGCAGAUUUUCCUGGGGAUCAACGUCUCUCUUUAUUUCUUUCUGAAGAAAACAUUCUGAACCCCGCUCCUCCUGCAAUAUAGGCACACUUCCAAAGAUUAAGGGAAUGACUUACAUUUGUUUUGUAAAAUAAAAUGGUAUCUUUACCCCCAGGGGCUGGUUCAUGGUGAAUUUCAGUGUUAGUAAAUCCAUGUAGUGCUUUUAAAAAUAAUUCGGAAGGGUGAUACUACGUUAUGUUCAUGUCAGUUUACGAAGGCUGAAUUUUCAUUCCUGUUAAGCAGAAAUCCAUAUUUUGUCUUGAGUUCAUUUACCAUGCAUGGACUAGAGUAGCAUCUAAGGUUUAGUGAAUAUUAUCACCAAAGAUCAGACCCCCAUUCUUGUUUGACUUAACCCAGGUUUUGUCUAUAGUUUAAGUAGCAUUGGCACCGACUCCAAAUUUAAUACUCAUCCCUGGAAAACUUGCCAGGCACAUAAUGGUGAGGCCAGGGGGUGGCUUGAGAAACAGAGUGCAAGUCCAAAAUGGGGAAGGAGAUUAAGGAAGAGAAGGGAACCACUGGCCCAACUGAUCAAAUUUCAGAAAUUCUCCUCUCCCUGGUCCUGAUUCUGCUACCUGUGAAGUCAGUAGGAAAACUCCCAUUGACUUCAUAGGGAGCAAGGGUGGACCCUAAACAUUUAGAGCUAGACUGUAACUACGCACUUACACACGGGAGUAAGAACCAGCCUUCCGCCUUGCAAGGCUACUGCAUCUUGAGUCUGGGGCCCCAAGAGUAGGUGCUUGUUUAUCUCCCGCCCACCAGAGCAGGUGGGCAGGAAAUGGGUGGAGCCAACAUACCAGCCAGCAUAGGGAAAACAGGAAGCCAGCGACUGGUGGCGCCAGGCAGAACUGUGUCUGAGAGGUGGCACGUUGCCUCCUGGGGCUAUUCCUGGGCUGAGCCUAAAGACUAAAUUACCCUGGAAUAAAAAAUGGCUAGAUCAAAGCAGCCCUGCUGACAGCAGGUUGUUUUGGGACAUGCUCUCUUUGAUUACCCUCAUGGUGGCCUGGGAACACUCGGAACGUGCCACUGUCCUGUCUCCAAGGAGGCUGUAUUGGCAAUGGCCGUACAGGAGGAGAGCAGUGCUUCUGGCAUUAGAGGGCACAACAUCAGCACGUUGUGUUUCAUGAAUCCAAACAGUUCCUGGGAAGCCCCUUCAGAGGCGGCCAGCCAGCCUGUCUCCGAAUUCUGGGUCAGCUGGAGCUGGUGCGUGUGUCUUGGCACACUGCAGGAACAAACCCUCUUCUUCCUUAGGAAAUGUGCCCACACAGCUCCAGACAAAGGACAGAGGGUGGUGCUGUGCCAUACUUUUGCAGGGCUGAAUAACAUGCCUCCAACCCAUUGCAUAGGUUAAAAGCAAGGACUGGCAGGAGACACGCACACAGCACAAUAAGACGUUUAUUUGAACCUUCUCGUGUAUGUUAUUUUUGUUAAAAUAAUUAUUUUCUUGGUGGACAACGUAUCAAAAUCCCUCUUUCACACAUUUAAAGCAUAGGAAAGUUUUAAACUGGAAACUGAAACUGGCUGCCCUGGGGAAGGCCAUCAGCAAUCCAGACUGGUGGUCUUCAGCGCGCUUUGGACAGCAUAUGCUUUUGGGCUAGAACCCAAUGACAUUUUUGGGUUAGGGGCAAGGAAAAUUUGUCUUGGUUCCUGGCCAGAACGACUGUAUAUUUCAGCUUAAGGUGUUGGUAGCCCUAGCACUGUAUUAUAUGUGUGCUUUAAAUACUUUGUGUCUCAGAGCUUAAAUGCUUUAAAAAACUACUAAGUAAAUAUCUUUCUGAAAAGUGAACUGCAAAGAUUUUUUAACAGGAUAACUUCAAAAGGUGAAAAAUAUCCAGCUGUUGUUUUAAACUGAUGGGCCUGAUCCUGGUAUAAAACUCGCUGACUGCAAUGGAAUGAUUCCAUGUUUGUACCAGGGGGAUAGGAGCAUCAGGUUGUUAGCACCAAUCUCAUGGUUUCUCUGCCUGGGUGAGUCAGCCCAUGGUUAUGGUGUUUGUGCUAUAGAAGAUCCAUUCUGUCCUUAACUGGUGGGUUCUCUCCUGCAGAACUUUUCCAAGAGAUUCCCCUUCUCAUGCUCAGGCUGAACUCAAAGGGGAACUUUUGGGGAUGUUUGCACAGAAAUUGAUUGCACAUAAACAUUAGUUUAAAGGUGACCUUUUCAAAUCAUUCUCUUGGUCCCCGUCCGUCCUCCCCCAUUUUUACGAAGCUUUUCAUUAUCAGCAACAUCUUUGCGGUUCGCCUCCAGAACGUUAAAGACUUUCUAAACUGAGGUUUUGUGGCGCUCAACUGCAUUUGUUUCUACCCUUGCAAGCGAUGUCUUAUGAGUGAGGGUCUGAUGCUGCCACCCCCUACUCUUCUUAAACAUCCAAAUCAAUAGGACUCAACUGCUAGGUGUGAGAGUGGAUGAUAGAAUCUGUCCCUCAGUAUUUACAUCUUCCAGGUGGAAGACAAAUUCCAUAAUAUCAACCAAUCCAGAGAGAACCUUCCAACACCAAUGUUCUGAGUCGUUUUCUGACCUUGACGUUUCUUUCUCAUCUCAUUUUACUGGUGGUCCUGGGUUUCUAUUCAGAUUCGGGGGCUUUGAAAACUAGUCCUCAA